AUGCUGAAUAAAAGAGGAUACGAAAGUGAUGAACGUCAAUCUGAUGACGACAUUGGUCCGAUUCAAAUCAUAAAUGCAAACUCAAAGAGUAGUCCAAUGGAGGUAUUUACAGAAUUAGUUGUAAAAAUAAAAUUAUACAGAUUCAAAAGAAUCCCCAUACAAUUCGAAAUCUUUCACGAUAAUGAGGUACAAAUUAUCGAAUCAACUUCCUCAAAAGCAAUUGCAAUGAUUUUAAUAAUUUUCAGGAUCAAUAAACUUUUACAAAGAAAUGAAAAACUUCCAUUAAAGUCAUUACAUCAUGAAUAUAGAGAUAUUUGGGGUGAAUCAACUGAUACAUGUCACUCCACAAUAAGAAUAUUUUUAGAUGUAUUCGAUUGGUGGUAUUCUGAUCUUCGUAUAAUGAUAAAUCGAUAUUAA